GAAUCGCCGGAGAAAGCGAAGAAGGCGAGGGGAUAUGGUGGUGGUUCAUGGAGUGUCUGUGACUCCAGGUGUUGUCGUCUCACGCUUCCCUCUUCCCCUUCCUUCUUCUUCUUCUUCCUCUGCGCGACCUAUCAACAUCGACUUCAAUCGAAAUUUCAGCGUCUCUUUCUUCCCGAAGAAGCACUCUCGCACUCGGAAGAUCUUUGCUGGGAAUCAAUCUGCGGAGUUUGAUUCUAAGUCACGAGCUCCCUCUGCGUCAAAGAAAGUCUUGGUACCUGAUAAUCUUGAUGAUGGUGCUUCAUUGGUGACUGAUGAGCUACUACAAGGUCCCAGCAGCUUUUCAGAAGAAUCACAGAUAUUAAGUCUAGGAAGUCAAACAAUGGAAGAGAAUGGAGCAGUUGGAACAGAAGACCAAGCGUCUGAUUUUGAUUCGAGUAAAGCUUAUAGUAACGAGAAUGCUGUCAAGGAGAAAGAGAUGAAACCAAGAAUAGUUCCACCACCUGGUAAUGGGCAGGGAAUAUAUGAGAUAGACCCCAUGUUGCGGAGUUACAGUAACCAUCUUGAUUACCGUUAUGGCCAGUAUAGAAGACUGCGUGAGGAAAUAGACAAGUAUGAGGGUGGCCUGGAGGCAUUCUCCCGUGGCUAUGAAAAGUUAGGAUUUCUGCGCAGUGAUGCUGGUAUAACUUAUAGAGAAUGGGCGCCUGGAGCUAAGUCUGCAUCACUUAUUGGAGAUUUCAACAACUGGAAUCCUAAUGCAGAUAUCAUGAAUCGGAAUGAAUUUGGUGUUUGGGAGAUCUUUUUGCCCAACAACUCUGAUGGUUCACCUGCAAUUCCCCAUGGCUCACGUGUAAAGAUUCGAAUGGAUACACCAUCUGGCAUUAAAGAUUCAAUUCCUGCUUGGAUCAAGUUCUCGGUACAAGCUCCAGGUGAAAUCCCAUUCAAUGGAAUAUACUAUGAUCCUCCAGAAGAGGAGAAGUAUGUAUUCAAACAUCCUCAACCAAAGAGACCUAAGUCACUGAGGAUUUAUGAGGCACAUGUUGGCAUGAGUAGCACGGAACCAAUGAUCAAUACUUAUGCUAACUUCAGAGAUGAUGUGCUUCCACGUAUCAAAAGGCUUGGCUAUAAUGCUGUUCAAAUCAUGGCUAUACAAGAACAUUCAUACUAUGCCAGUUUUGGGUACCAUGUCACAAACUUUUUUGCCCCUAGCAGCCGUUGUGGGACCCCAGAGGAACUGAAAUCACUGAUAGAUAGAGCUCAUGAGUUAGGCCUGCUCGUUCUGAUGGAUAUCGUUCAUAGCCAUGCUUCAAAAAAUACGUUGGAUGGACUGAACAUGUUUGAUGGAACUGAUGCUCAGUACUUCCACUCUGGUCCUCGGGGUUACCAUUGGAUGUGGGACUCACGUCUUUUCAAUUAUGGGAGCUGGGAAGUACUACGAUAUCUUCUUUCAAAUGCACGGUGGUGGCUAGAAGAAUACAAAUUUGAUGGAUUUAGAUUUGAUGGUGUUACCUCAAUGAUGUAUACUCAUCAUGGACUCUCGGUCGGAUUUACUGGGAACUACACUGAGUACUUUGGAUUGGAAACUGAUGUGGAUGCUGUGACUUAUCUGAUGCUGGUAAAUGAUAUGAUUCAUGGGCUAUACCCUGAAGCGGUUACUGUUGGUGAAGAUGUUAGUGGUAUGCCAACAUUCUGCAUUCCUGUCCAAGAUGGUGGCGUUGGAUUUGACUACCGUUUACACAUGGCCAUAGCUGAUAAGUGGAUAGAGAUUCUCAAGAAGCGAGAUGAGGACUGGAAAAUGGGCGACAUCAUUUACACGCUUACCAACAGAAGGUGGUCAGAGAAGUGUAUUGCCUAUGCUGAAAGUCACGAUCAAGCUCUUGUUGGUGAUAAAACAAUUGCCUUCUGGUUAAUGGACAAGGAUAUGUAUGAUUUCAUGGCACUAGACCGACCAUCAACUCCUCUUAUUGAUAGAGGAAUAGCUCUGCAUAAAAUGAUUAGGCUUAUAACUAUGGGGUUAGGCGGUGAAGGGUAUUUAAACUUUAUGGGGAACGAAUUCGGACAUCCAGAAUGGAUCGAUUUCCCCAGAGGCGAGCAGCGUCUUUCUGAUGGGAGCGUGAUUCCUGGGAACAAUUUCAGCUACGACAAAUGCCGCCGCAGAUUUGAUCUUGGGGAUGCAGAUUAUCUCAGAUACCACGGACUGCAAGAAUUUGAUCAGGCAAUGCAACAUCUUGAAGAGAAAUACGGUUUUAUGACUUCGGAGCAUCAAUUCAUAUCACGAAAAGACGAAGGGGACAGAGUAAUCGUAUUCGAAAGAGGUGACCUUGUCUUCGUCUUCAACUUCCACUGGACCAGCAGCUACUUCGAUUACCGCAUUGGUUGCUCCAAGCCCGGGAAAUAUAAGAUCGCAUUGGACUCGGACGAUCCUCUGUUUGGUGGAUUCAGUAGGCUCGAUCGUAACGCUGAGUAUUUCACAUUUGAUGGCUCAUACGACGGACGGCCCUCUUCGUUCAUGGUCUAUGCACCGUGUAGAACCGCCGUGGUUUAUGCCUUGGCAAACCACGAGAGUUUGGAUCCAAAACCUUCCGGUUUAGACAAAGCUGUUCCGGGUCGCAAAUCGGCAUCAGAUAAACGGCUAAACAAAAGCAGAUUCUCUGGAAGAAGAAAGAUGCAGCCGACAGAGGCGUCGCAACCGGCGACGGCGGAUCAGAGCCGUCGUCUAAGGGAUGAGUUAUCGGAGAGUAUGAGCUUCAGCAGCCAGAUGAAGAAGGAAGACGAGGAGUUGUCGGUGAAAGCGUUGUCGGCGUUCAGGGCCAAAGAAGAUGAGAUCGAGAAGAAGAAGAUGGAGAUCAGAGAACGAGUUCUAGCUCAGCUCGGUCGUGUUGAGGGCGAGACCAAGCGUCUCGCUUUGAUCCGCGAGGAACUUGAAGGUUUUGCUGAUCCCAUGAGGAAGGAAGUCACUUUGGUCCGGAAGAAGAUUGAUUCUCUUGAUAAAGAGAUAAAGCCAUUGGGACAUACAGUUCAGAAAAAGGAAACAGAGUACAAGGACGCACUUGAAGCAUUCAAUGAAAAGAACAAGGAGAAAGUGGAGCUCAUCACCAAGCUACAGGAGUUGGAGGGAGAAAGCGAGAAAAUGAGAUUGAAGAAGCUGGAAGAGCUAAGCAAGAACAUCGAUCAAACCAAAGCUUAGUGUUGGACGAGCAGAGUCACUGGGAUUGGGCUAUUUUAAUAUCAAGUAUAAGUGUGGUUAAUCACGGUUAGAGUAUUUUUCAUUGUUCUUCUACCAUUCUAGUCAUAUAAUAUGUUAUAAAAUAAAAUAAUAAGUAAUAGGAAAUGGUUCUGAACUAGAUGUUGGAAAGAAAUUGUAACCAGUUUACAUUGUCAAGAUAUUAUCCUUGUGAUUCGCAAAUUUGUAAUAAUAAAUGUAAAGAACUAUGUUUGUUCGUAGGCAUUUUGAUGCAUGAUUAUACCAUGAGCCAUUUCAAAUCUCUCUUGAUAUAUGUUUUAAAGACCA